AAUGCGAGAAAGGAUAUGCGGCUUUGUUGGGGCCGAUAUUGCGUCGAAGUUGAUUCUUGGAACUUUUCAUUCAGUGGCCCGGCGGUUCCUGUUUCGUUAUGGUCAUCUGAUUGGAUUACCCAAGAAUUUUGGCAUCGCGGACGCGAACGAGAGCCUUAGCAUAUUGAAGCGCAUCAUAAAACGCGAAGAUUAUGGCGUGGAACCCAAACAGGCUCGCUCCCGGAUAUCUGGAUUGAAAUCGAAAGGCAUUUCCGUCGAGCAGUUCGCCGCACAACAAAAAAAGGUCGACCAGCAUGAAUUUGCCCGACUGUAUUCUGAGUAUCAAGAGUACUUGAAAGCGCAAAGCCUACUGGAUUUUGACGACAUGCUGGUGCGAACUGUGGACUUGCUGAGGGAGCACCCUGCUUGCGUCUCUAGCAUACAAGCCGUUCUGAUCGAUGAAUACCAGGAUACCAACAAUAUUCAGUACGAGCUCAUGAAGCUUAUGGCGCAGCGACAAGGACGGAUCACCAUUGUGGGUGACAAGGACCAGAGCAUAUAUGGCUUCCGGUCAGCCGAGAUUAAGAAUUUCGAGCUGAUGAGAAAGCAACUCCCUGCCGCCAUCGUCGUCGACCUUGAGAUCAACUAUCGUUCCUCUGGUUGUAUAAUACAAGCAGCUAAGGCUGUCAUUGAGCAGGAUGACUCUCGAUCCAAUAAGCCCUUGGUAGCAAACCACUGUGCAGGCGCUCUGCCAACGCUGCGCCAUAUGGCUACCGCCAGCCUUGAGGCGAAAUGGAUUGUGGAGGAGAUCAUCCGAACCAAAACCCUUGCAGCUGGCCUGCUCAACCAUAGUGAUUACUCCAUUCUUAUUCGGUCAGCUACUUUGUCGCUUUCUAUCGAAAGGGCACUCGGGAACGCUGGCAUACCUUACCGUAUGGUAGGAGGGAAACGUUUCUUUGAUCGAGCUGAAAUCAAGAUUAUACUGGACUACCUCCGCGUCAUCAACCAGCCACACCUUAAUGACGCGCUUGUCAGAAUAAUCAACCUACCCUCUCGAAAAAUUGGAGAAACCACGAUCAAAUCUCUCCUUGAGGAAGCGGACAAGACGAAGACGAGUCUGUGGCAGUUGAUACUAGAUUUUUCGCAGGGCAAGAAAAAGCCGGACUGCAAGAUUUCGUCACAGGCACAGAACGGCAUCGACACCUUUGUUAACGUGAUCAUAACCUCACGCCGGAAACUUUUUGCCAACGAGGACGAGGAGUGCUCUGUAGCCGGGCUCAUCAGCCAUGUGCUCCAGAAAAUAUCUUUCGAAGCCUACCUGAAGAAUCUUUACAAAGACAGUCACGAAGAGAGGUGGGCCAACGUGCAGGAGCUUGUGACUCAAGCCACUCAACUAGCAAGCACGUUACUGAAUUCUGAGGAGGACGCUCUGCCAGUGGUGGAUGGAGUUGAGCAGAGAGCAGACACCGCUGCCGACGUUCUCUCGAAGUUCCUGGCGAACGUGGCUCUUUCCACAGAAGUAGAGAAAGAAGAAGGGAGGGAGGCCUCUCAAGUUACAAUCUCUACUAUUCACGCCGCAAAAGGCCUGGAGUGGCCAGUCACAUUUAUCCCCGCAGUAUACGAUGGCACAAUUCCUCACUCUAGGGCUGAGGACCACAACGAGGAGCGACGCUUGCUCUUCGUCGGCAUGACACGGGCUCAGGCUUUGCUAUACUUGAGUUGCCCUAUACGACAAGGCAAUCAAGAAGACACUGUGCUAUCCAGAUUUGUAUCAGACCCCAAGAUUCAGAAGUACUUCAGUCUCAAUGGGCCGACGAUUGGCUGCCCUACAAAUGGGUGUUCCGUUCUCAAAGAUAUUGCAACUAUCUUGAGCAGAGAGUGCCCUCAAGCUGCAUCCAUUCAAGCAGCUCGUAACACGCUUGAGUUUCCCGAAGACGUACGAUACCCGCUUACCCGAGAAGCAAUUGACGGCGAAGAACCGUCUUGGAACGAGCCCAAGAUCAACGAUGAUCAGUAUGAGCAAUAUUCCAAGAGAAGAAAAACUGAUCAUUCGUCCUUGUUUACUAAGAAGACUGUCACAAUGCAGCAAUCUGCCAACUUCUCGAUGGCCAAAACAACGAUCAAGGGCACCAACAGCGGUUUUACAAGCGCAAAAGACCUCGGAGACAUUCAACGCAUGCAGGAAGAGGCAGAAGCUAUACGAACGCUUGUCGCCGCUCAGGAUGCGACGGCAGGUAAAGCUGUGUACAAAGAGACGAAGACAUUCGCGAAGAAGCCUGUGCAGCCUAAGAAGGCCAAAGCACGCACCCCUGGACAGGGGUCUAUCACCAGUUUCUUCUCUCGAGCUAAAACCCCUGUUAGCACAGAGGCGGAAGAGCUACCAAGCAAGACAUCUUUGCUGAAGCGGUCGUCCUCUUCUUUCACAGGCAGUCCCCCAUUAGCAGACAUUUCAAAUUUACAGCCGCAGCCACUACCCGCGUCACGGUCCUAUGAAGCGCCAGUGCUACCGAACUACAAAGUGCAGAACGCGCGCAUGACUACCAAGCCGAAAAGGACUGAGGCAGAGAGCUUGCGAUAUACAUUGUACUCCAGCUCGCCACCGAAGCCCGAAGGUCCUCCCAAAUACCAUAAUUCAUCGACGCAUGCCAACGAACCAGAAAGUCCCACCAAGCAGGCUUCAUUCUCGUCUGCAUCCGCUACUUUUUCUCAAAGUGGCUCAACCUUCCAUACAACAUCGAUGGAGCUACUGCAGAGCCGAGCUGGAGGACCACUGACACAGAGGAGGACCUUGGGUGCUAGAAGGACAAUGCAGGGCUGGAGUGUCAAGAAUCAUGCACCCCCUCGCCCACGCCAACAAUAGGUUGCAUACUACUUGGCCAUCGACAUGUUGUAUUCGUGUGUAUCUGCCUUGGACCACUAUAUUUUCAUCAUUGCUUCUUUUUAUCGGAUUGAUUGAACGCUGUGAUAUCCACGCGAGCAUUGGGUUGGGGUUUUGGAGUAUUGCGAGCCUUCCCCUUGAAGGUGGUAAAACGAUAUGAUCAGUUGUCUUUCGCAUGCAGGACAUAUCCGUUCGAAUUAAGCAAUUAUCAGGUAUCAAUCAUUCGGUGAAUGCUGUGCUCUGAAUACAACAGGCUCACAAUCCGACAGCAAUGGCUUACACCUGCAACUAUUGCAUGGUAUCCUUGUAUGUCUAUGACACAAUCCUCUUUGUGAGGUGUAGAGGCCGCAAGUGAACAUUAUUUAGUGAGACACGACAUAGACGUUGUACCAGAUCCACCAUCCACUCCACACCCUGCACGUGCGUCAAAAAAAAUCACUUUGACUGUGAACACCAACAAUCUGUCUAUCCACAAGGGACUUUUUUUUACCACGCGUCUACAUCCUCUCUAAGCAAAAAGAAAGAUGCAAAUCC